AUGUCUUCAACUCGCUUGGAUGGUUAUAUCACCAGUUCCAUCGCUCUUUUGGAGGCAAACCCAUCUUCAACGGUGGUGAGUAUACGAUACCAAAGUGGAGCCAAAGCUGGGAAAGUUACCUUCCGUACAACGAAUGCCCAAUUGCUAGCACAUCACAAGUUUUCUACUUCGAAAUCCAAAGACGUUUCGAGACUGUUAAGUGCAUUGGGACCUCGUGGUGUAUCGAUCCAAUCACCUAGUAAAGUGGCCCGUCAGCGUAAAAAAUUGGACGCUAGAGGCCCAACUGAUGCGGGUGGCAUGGUGACGCUAAUGACGAACGUUGAUAUUCCCGAGGCAGUGGAAGAGACUCCUCAGCCGAAACCAGCAGGCAAAAAGAAGAAGAAGGGUAAAAAGCGCUAA